GGGAGCGGAGCGGUGGGUGGAAGGCUUGUGGAGGGUGAGGGAAGCGAGGGGCUGCGUCCGCGGCAGUCUGACGCCAUCCAUCCGCCCUGCUCCCCGCGUGGAAGAAAGAGACGCCGCGUGGUCUUUUCGGACGCGGUGCCGGCGCAGCACACCGCCGACGCGCUUCCCUCCGACGUCCAGAUGCGAAAUAGUGCCGCUCGGAGACGCCCCCUUUUCAAUGACAACCCGCUGCAAAGCGCCACGUCUGCCGUCCGGCCGAAAGGUUUUGCCAGCCACUGAAGGGCGGCUACCGCGAGGGUGGCCAAAGGUGUGAGAGAGCGCGAAAAGGUGAGCCGCCGUUUGGGUCCUCCAGGCGGAUGGCAGAACGGUGAAAAAGUAGCGCGCCGGUCCUCCACCGUAGGCUAGGCCCGGGCUCAUCGUCUGCUGCGGGGCUGUCUGCUGUUCUGUCCGUUUGUGUCCGUGAAGAGUGCUUUGAUUCGAAAUGCACAAUGCGAGAAACAACUUCAAGACGUGGGGACUCGACGGGAGCUUGAGCAAGAACGCCGGCUGAAACUCUGCCCUGCCUGACGGCCUUACGGCCUAACCCUCUCUCCGCUCGCUGACCAUGACAAGCCGGCACUACCGCAGGCCCGGGCCGGGGCUGGCGCCGGGGCGAACGCCCACGCCCUCAGAGGCUUCGAUAAGGUACACGCGAAUUGUUCAGGGCGCGUGUCUCUUUCUCACUCUGACAGCAGGCUGGCUGUCUCACCUCUUCUCCGUCUAUCUCACUCAGGAACAGUCAGAGGCACCGACUGUCGAUGUGUCUUCCUUGGUUUCCUCCGUCUGGUGCCACACUGGUUCCAGUGGGGAGAAACUGUGUAAAUUUCGCAAUAUUUGUUAUGAUCCUUGGUUUCAAGAGUUCCAAUUUACGAUGAGUGAAGAAUCGAUUGUUUUUGGUAUUCGGAAUCCCGAGCAGUGGAAGGAUAUCGACAUGUCAACAGUUUUAGAUCACAAUGCUUUCAAAAUGAAAGUGUCUAUCAUGUCUCCAGAAAAUAAAAUUAAACAGAACAGAGCUCAGGUUCUGAUGGACCCAACUUUCAUCAUUCAUCGAUUCAAACCUGACAAUAUUAUGCAUGUUAUCCAUGAUGAAUUAAUUCCUUUGUUGUUUACCAUGGAAAGUGUUUCUGAAAAGGACUUUGAUGGAAAGCAAUUUUCAUUAGCUUUCACUGACGAUCAUAACAUAUCCACUUUAGAUAAAUGGUAUGACCACUUUUCAAAAUCACCUAUAAUAAAGCUGCCAUAUAUCAGUGAGACUAUAUGUUUUGCUAAUGCCUAUGUUGGUAUGCACAAGUCCACUUUGUGGUUUGAUUAUGGAUUUAAAAAAUAUCAUGGACCUUAUAUAAAUAGGAACUUUCAUGUAAAUGGUUUGAAAAAAUUUGUCAAAUAUAGUUUAAGUGUUUGGAAGUCAAAACCAAUAUUCACAUGCUCUCUGGAGACGCAGUGUGUGAAAGUAGUUGUUGUGUCAAGGGAGCAAUCUAGACGGAUUCUGAAUUUAAAAACAUUAUAUAGUGCUAUUGAGGAAGCUCACCAAAAGUCUUAUAAGAGCUAUGGUCUAGAAAUAGUCACUAUUGAUUUGGCUAGGCAUGAUAUCAGCUUUGUUCUUACUGAACUCAAUCAAGCCACACUCGUGGUAGGUAUGCAUGGAGCUGCUAUGAUUUUGUCCCUGUUUAUGCCACCCAGUUCUGCCAUUGUUGAGUUGUUCCCUUAUGCAAUCAAUCCAGACAAUGUGUCAUUUUUAAAGGCUCUCUUUCAACAGAGAGAGGUAUACCCCCUUUAUUAUGAGUUUUGGAGGAACAAAAACAUAGGUGAUUCAAGGCCUGGUACCCAUGCUGAUCCCUUGAUGGGGAAAAUUUCCCACUUAUCAGAGGAACUCCAAAACAUAAUUAUGAGUAUGACUGAGGUGCCACCUGUUCAGUGCUGCCAUAGCCCUGCGUACCUUUACUACAUGUACCAUGACACUUAUGUCCAAGAAAGUGUUGAACAGCCAAUACUAAAUGCAUUGCUUAGAACCCAGUCUCAUUCACCACAUCCAUCUCUUUUGUCAAAACACAUUUUUCCAGCUUCACCUUCUUUUUUAAAUUGUACAUUUGAAGGACAGGAAUUAUCUGUCGCAUGGGGAGAAUCAUCAAAUCCUGAAGAGAAUGAAAAUCUUUGGUUUCAGUUAACUAUGCUCAAUGAUGACAUUAUCAAGGUAGUAAAUGCAACAGACAGCUUAUCAAGGGAAUUUUGGAUGAAACUAAGCACACCCAUCAAGUCAUUUCAACUGUGGUUUCAACCAUUCAGUGGUAAAGACAGGUCAGGUCAUCUCACUCAUCAAAACUGUACAAAAUCAAGGUAGUAAACUCAUCAGACAGGUUAUUGAGGGAAUUUUGGAUGCAACUACACAUACCCAUCAGGUCAUUUCAACUGUGGUUUCAACCAUUCAGUGGUAGAGACAGGUUGGGUCAUCUCAUACAUCUAAACUUAAUUGUAAGAAUCUAGUCAUUUUCUUUUCUAUUGUAAUCGUGAUCAUUUUUAUACUUGAUGUAAUAGUUGUAAUAAAUGGUUUAGCAUGAGUUGAAGAAGAGAAACAGAUGA